AUGAAUACGUUGAUCCAACGCUUUUGUGGGUUUUAUAACACAACGCUCGCCAACAAACUGAGUGGGUGGAACAACGAAAAUGUUUUCAAUGAAGCGUUGCGUUUAUACGAAAAUGAGAGCAAAAGUUCUUUCCCACAUGUCCGUGCUUGGCAAGUUGUAAAGGAUCAACCAAAAUGGAAGGGAACUCGAAAUGAGGUUGCAAGCGCUAAACGAGCAACGAAACGGUCUAAAACUUCCGAGUCAGGAAGUUAUAGCGUUGGAGGCUCAACCGGUCGUUGCCAAAUAAAUAUCAACGACGAGCCCGACUAUGAGGAGGAGCCGAUUGAAGAUGGAGAACGUUCCCCAGGAAGGGACAAAAGUAAAAAGAUAGCGGCUGAAAAAAAGAAACAAGCCGCAUCAGGAAGUGGUGGUGGUUCGAAGUUGGAAGGUGUUAUGGCCAAGUUGAAAGCAUUCAACCAAAUCUUUACCGAGACGCAAACCGAGAAGGUAAAGAUGAAAAAAAAAUAG